CUUGUUUCAACCUAGUUUCUCUUUUAUCAUCCAUUUGUGUAGUCUGUUGCUGACAAUGAAAGUAAAGGAAUUUCUAAUCAGACAAAGUGGUACAAUUCUCAUCUGUCUUGGAGAUUCUACCUGGCAACAGCCUCAGCCAAUCCUGGACGUAGAAAGCCAUCCCGUGGUAUUUUUGCAUCAAGUUCUGAGUGUUCACGGAGAAGCUGGCGCAAACAUCCAUCAGUUUCUUACCCUGAAAGACAUGGGAUGGUCCAGAUAUAAAAGCAUUAAGAUUCGUGAACACAUUCGAAACAAAAUGUCUUUGUUCUUCUUGACUAGUCUGACUACCAUCAUGGCGUUGGAGAAUGUGGCGCUGAAUAAACCAGCUCAGCAAGUGUCAGAAUAUCAGAAUUACUACGCGCCUGCAGGCAAGGCAGUGGACGGAAACACAGAUGGCAAUUUUGGUCAUGGCUCCUGCACUCACACUAAAACACCAGAAGGUUAUACGACGACUUGGUGGAAGGUGGAUCUGAUGGGGUUUUACAAGGUUACCAGCGUGGAAAUUUUUGCGAGGACAGACUGCUGCAAUAAGCUACAGAAGUUUGAAGUCCGAGUGUCACUCACGAACCCAGUGAAGUUCCCUUCCAAUGAAGGUCAGCAGUGCUUCAAUCGCACAGACCUACUCCCUGCAUCCGGUCUCUAUGUCAACUGCACUCAGCCAAUCAUCGGCCGCUACGUCAGCUUGUACAAAGCGACCCUCGAAGUUCUGAGCAUUUGUGAACUUCGUGUGUUUGCCGACAAAGCAGUGAGCGGGUGUUUCCAAAGUUCUUCCCAGCAGGCAUCUGCUGCUGCUAACUCAGUCACAACAUGUGUUUAUUCGCUUUUUAUGGACAACUCCCGAGCAGUCGGAAAAGUUUACAAAUCGUUUGAAUCCGUUUCUGCCGCCAGAUGCUCAGUGAAGUGUGCGCAGACAGACAACUGCUUCGCCUUCAACUUCAAGACGUCACGUGACGCAGCCAACAGCAGUGUGACGUGUGAGCUGCUGCUGGGGUUCAGUGCGUUUGUCCCAACUGAUGUGAUGAGUGUAACUCAUCAAAAUGGUUGGAAAGUGUUUGCUCUCAGGUUCCUGUAAUAUGAGUUUCACAAGUUCAGGUUAUAUCCUCAUGAGUAUGGCUUGCUUUACAUGGACAUGACUUGCAGCGGUUUUCUUUUUUAUAAUUGAUAAAGUUUAGUGACUUGAGUAUAGUAAGAGAAAAUACCCAUUGAAAUAGUUGGUCUUGUUUGGUGAGCGAUUUCAUUUUGUUCGUCUGACAGCAUAAUUUUGUUUCACACCAUGAACAAAUUCAUUGGACCGACCUGCAAAAUAAUAGCACAGACCUGAAAUAUCACACGUGUCUUGAUAGCGGUACCUGUCGACCUCCCAGUAGAAAAUUAUUUAAAAUGGCUUCUAACAGGCAAAUACAUUGUGGCCAGCAAUGAAUACCGACAGUCCUCGACCAAACCAGGUUUUUUUACUUGGUUUUCAUUAAAGACCAUAACUGUAAAGAUUCCUGAUAGAAAGAGUAGAAUUAGUUAACAGUUAAUUAGUUAACAGUUGAUUAAGGAAAUCUGUCUGAGUAGCAGGCCUGAAACAUGUAACCUCGGUCCUAUUCCCUCCUCUCUGUUUGUCGAUUGUCUAGAUGUCUUGUUAAAACAAAAAACUUAGAGACUGAAUAUUUUACUGUGUUGUAAAAGGGAGCGUGUCUGUUAUAUGCGAAUAUGGGGGCACGAUUGUUGGUGAUUCGGUCUAGAUAUUAUUUAUAUAAAGCACACUGAGCAAAUCUUUUAAACAGCGCUGUAGAUAUCUUCAUUAUUAUGAUUAUUGCUAUCUAGGAAGCAUUUUCAAUCUGUUUCCUAAAUCACCUACACACACACAGAGAAUCUUGAAUUUUGUCUUUACACCUGUUUGCUUUUAAUGUGCAUGAGAUGGAGUAUAAGUAGUAAUCUGCAGAGAUAAUUUCAUCUUGCUAUGUUUUUAUAUUUGUUGUAUGCUGUAUGUGGGGUACAAAGCAUCAUUGCUA